AUGUGGACUCCCAAUCGCGGCUGUCAGCACUGUCAGGAGGACAACAUCAAGUUGGAGGAACUUAACGCGGAUUUCUACCCGGUUGUUCAAAUCAGCGUCUUUAUCUCCACACCAACACCCUUCAUUGAAAACUUCUUCGAGACACUUGCAGAACUGAACUAUCCCAAGCAUCGCAUCUAUCUCGUUCUCUAUUGCAAAGUUGAGGAGCAUUACGCGUCGCUUUUGGAAUUCAAUGCCACUCAGGCCUGGGAAUACAAGUCAUCCGUCAUCCUCAGCGAGAAAACCUAUCCGACAGAGCUGGCUGCCAAAAAACGGGCUUGGUCCGUGUGUCUGAGCUACGAAGACUGUGCUUUUGCACUGACCCUGGACUCCACCGCCCGACUCACAAGCAAGAACACUCUCUAUCACCUCGUUCGAAUGAACCGAAAUGCUCUAGCUCCUCUCCUCUACCGUCCUGGCAAGCUUUGGUCCAACUUCUGGGGCGCUCUUGAUCACGACGGCUAUUAUGCUAGAUCGAGCGACUACAUGGACAUCGUUGCGGGCAAACAACGGGGUAUUUGGAACGUACCGUUUGUGAGCAGCGCUUACCUCUAUUCACGUUGGACGGUUCGACAACUGGCAAACGCGCAGAUUUCGGAAGAAGUCUUUCCUGACAUGGCGAUAGCGGAAGCAGCCCGCUCAAAGGUAUGCAGCCCUCUCGUGUGCUACUUGGUCUGGCUGAGUUUGUGA